AUUGUUUUGUUUUUUUCAAACGUGUUACCCUUGCUCGUUAUUGCAACAAUAAUCAACGAGUAGCCGGCAGUAUGUCUGCUGUCGUUGAUUUUAAGUCUAUAACAAUAAAUUGACGCGAUAACUCGACCUUGAGUUUAUUAACCGGCUUAUAUUAAGUUACACUUCCUGCUCCGCAAUCAAACACUACGUCGAUCUUCUAGAGAUUACUUGACACUAUUUUUCUUUUCGCUGUUUUCAUUUUUUCAUUUUUAAUAACAUUCCCGCGUCAUUCUAUCAUUGUCGAGAUUCGUCUGUAUUUAUUUUUAUUAGUUUAUUUACUUUCUUACACACAUAAGGAAUAACGUGUAUUGUUGUGGACAUCGUAUCUACGUAUUAGUACGUAAUUGGAGUACGAUGAAAUUGUAAUAUUUUUUUUACGGCCGACUGUUCGGAAACGGCAAUUUUUAUUUGUCGUGUGUUGUAAUAUUUUAUUACUGGAGAACUCGCAAAUAAGGCAUGUUUAAUUUUAUAUCAGAAGUGUGUUAAGUAAUUUACAAGUGCAGGUCAGCAGUGGUAUAGUGAGUCACUAUAUAAUACGGACAUAGUUUACUUGUGAUGGAGUGUUGAUGGACAAUGUCGUCGAAAGUACCGGCGGGUCCUCGAGAAGUCACUAUAACCAAGAGUGUCACUGGCUUCGGAUUUAACGUCCGUGGUCAAGUCAGCGAGGGAGGCCAGUUGAAGAGCAUUAAUGGCCAACUCUACGCUCCUUUACAGCACGUUAGCGCGGUGCUUGAAGGUGGAGCAGCGUACGACGCUGGGAUCCGCAAAGGAGACCGUAUACUCGAAGUAAAUAAUGUGAAUGUUGAAGGAUCUACACAUAAACAAGUCGUCGAUUUAAUAAAAUCGGGCGGUGAUGUAUUGACAUUGACAGUAAUAUCUGUUACACCUCAGGAAGCUGAGAGAUUAGAACCAAGUGAAGAUCAAUCAACAUAUAAUUAUAUAGACUACAGUGAUAAAAGAUCAUUGCCCAUUUCUGUACCAGAUUAUCAUACAGUUGAUAAAGAUGGAGACAAAUAUGUGGUAUUUAAUAUAUAUAUGGCUGGUCGUCAUUUGUGUUCAAAACGUUAUAGUGAAUUCUCCAAUCUACAUGUUAAUCUCAAAAGAGAGUUUAUAGGGUAUAGUUUUCCAAAACUCCCUGGAAAAUGGCCAUUUACUUUAAGUGAACAACAACUUGAUUCAAGAAGAAGAGGUUUGGAAUUAUAUUUAGAAAAAGUUUGUGCUGUUCGUGUCAUCGCUGAAAGUGAAAUUAUGCAAGAUUUCCUGGCUGAUUCUGGUAACAUACAGAAUAUUGACUCAAUAGUGGAUUUAAAAAUAAUAUUACCUGAUCGAGAAAUAGUAAUUAUUAGAACCAAAAAAAAUGCAACAGCUGAAAGUGUUUACAAUAGUAUUGUAGAUAAAAUACAAAUGGGAGAAAAUAUAGUACCUUAUUUUUACCUAUUUGAAAUUGUUGAGUAUAAUUUUGAAAGAAAAAUUCAACCACAUGAAAUAGCUCAUCAACUUUAUGUUCAAAACUAUCGGACGGCUAGUGCUAGCUGUUUAUGUAUAAAACGAUGGCUAUUUAAUCCUACUAUUGAAAUGCAACUUAUAGCAUCAAAUACUUUAGCUGCAACAUUUAUUUUCUGGAGUACUAUUGAUGAAGUAGAUCGUAAUCAUAUCAUUGUAGGGGACCGUUUAUAUGAACUGAAAGCCUUACAAGAUUCUUCCAAAAAACUAGAUUAUUUAAAAAUGGCUAAAGAACUACCUGGUUAUGGUGAAGUAAUUUUUCCACAUUGUCCAUGUGACUCCCGAAAGACUGGUCAUGUGAUGGCAGCAGUUGGAUUUUUAGGUCUUAGACUUAUAGCAUGUACUGAAGAUGGUACACUUGAGAAUCAAAUUGUUGAAUUCACUUGGAAAACUAUUAAAUGCUGGGAGAUUGAUGAGUUGAAUGGAUUAUUUAGUUUUCAAUUUCAACGCGAAGAGAAAAGUCCUAAGUGUGUUAAACUACAUACUCCCUAUUUUACAUUCCUAGCGGACUGUUUUAAUCGAAUACAAGAAGAAUCAUGGAAAAUUAAAAUACCAUAAAACAAUGGGUACAAGUACAUAUUAUGUACAUGUGCAUGCAUGCAAGAUAUUUUU